UAAUCCUUGACGACCGUAACAAAUCGGGCAGUGUGGUAGUAGAGGCGACACGGAGCUAAAAGAGAUCUUUCACUGCUGGGAGCGAGGCUGAUUCAUGAGCAGAAGACCCGAGGAUAGGUUGCAUGAUUUAGAGAGACGGGAAGAGAUGGCAAGUGAGGAAGGAGAGAUGUCCACCAUUUCAGCUCAUGAUCUGGCCAGAGAGAUUCACUCCAACCAGGUACAGUACUCCACCACAAUCUCCACUCUGUUCUGGCUCGGACGUGUGUCCUGAUCCACUGCAUGGCUGCACUGCAAGAAUACCCUAAACCCCACCUUUGGUACAAAGGUCAUCUUCUACAUCAGCAAUCCUGCCGACACUGAAGUGACAGUGCAGGUGUGGAACCACAAUCUGGUGGUGGACACCUUCCUGGGUCAGAUGUCAGUCCCAAUACCAGGAGAUGGGGAGUCUCGCAGCUCCUCUGAGAGACUGAAGGGGAGAGGGAGGCAGUCCUCCGCACCAACUCAGGGAACUCUCUCCAUCCGAGUCGACUGCUCCACUGACCUCUUCUCCUCGUAAUGAUGAACUAGCAGUAGUUUCAACUAGUCGUGUGACAAGUGGAAGUAUAAUAUACAUUUUGUCCGUACAAAAUUAUGCAUGUUCCUGUAUUAUAUCUAUGUACAACAUUACUAAUGUCCUAAGUUUAUUUUUGGCUUGCUCUGGUUUUAGUGAACUCUUCAGUUUCCAAAGUACCACUAGUCUUUUCAGCUGAAAGUCUUUCUUUAUGUCCAGUGAAAGGUUUAACAACAGUACUCAUCUCCCUUUCUUCGUCACUUGAAUCAGCUAUAAAAUUAUGAGAAAAACCACACAAACCACAUAGACCAAAUUAUUAUCAUAAACCAGUAGAUAA